CCGUCGUCCCGUCGCCCCGUCGUGCUCGGCCCGGAGGGCAUGCGGCAGCCGCAGGGCCCCCCGCUCCUAGGCUCGGCGGCGCGGGCGGGCGUGAGCGGAUGUUCAAUUCUUCACCACAAUGAAUGAAUGUCAUUACGAUAAGCGGAUGGACUUUUUUUAUAACAGGAGCAACAGUGACACUGCAGAUGAGUGGACAGGAACCAAACUUUUGAUUGUUUUAUGUGUUGGAUCAUUUUUCUGCCUGUUUAUUUUUUUUUCUAAUUCUCUGGUCAUCGCAGCCGUGAUCAAAAACCGGAAGUUCCAUUUCCCUUUCUACUACCUAUUGGCUAACUUAGCUGCUGCAGAUUUCUUUGCUGGAAUUGCCUAUGUCUUCCUGAUGUUUAACACAGGCCCAGUUUCAAAAACAUUGACUGUCAACCGCUGGUUUCUCCGCCAGGGCCUCCUGGACUCUAGCUUGACUGCCUCCCUGACCAAUUUGCUGAUGAUUGCUGUUGAAAGACACAUGUCAAUCAUGAGGAUGCGGAUUCACAGCAACCUGACCAAUAAGAGGGUGACACUGCUCAUUUUGCUUGUCUGGGCUAUCGCCAUCUUCAUGGGAGCAGUCCCCACGUUGGGCUGGAAUUGCCUCUGUGACAUCUCUACAUGCUCUUCCCUGGCUCCUAUUUACAGCAGGAGUUAUCUCAUUUUCUGGGCUGUGUCUAACCUAAUGGCAUUCUGCAUCAUGGUCGUGGUGUACCUGCGGAUCUACAUGUACGUCAAGAGGAAAACCAACGUCUUAUCACCACAUACAAGUGGGUCCAUCAGUCGCCGGAGAACACCCAUGAAGCUAAUGAAGACAGUAAUGACUGUCUUAGGGGCAUUUGUGGUGUGCUGGACGCCGGGCCUGGUGGUGCUGCUUCUGGAUGGCCUGAACUGCACGCAGUGUGGCGUGCAGCACGUGAAAAGGUGGUUCCUGCUGCUGGCGCUGCUUAACUCUGUCAUGAACCCCGUUAUCUACUCGUACAAAGAUGAGGACAUGUACAGCACCAUGAAGAAAAUGAUCUGCUGCUUCUGCCAGGAGAACAACCCGGAGAAGCGUCCCUCUCGUGUGCCCUCCACCGUGCUCAGCAGGAGUGACACAGGCAGCCAAUACAUAGAAGACAGUAUUAGCCAAGGCACAGUCUGCAAUAAGAGCUGCAGCUCCUAGGCUGCUGCAGAUGCCCCCUCCACCCACCCAGGCCUUCACCUGUCUCUGCCAGAGCCCAUGGCCACUGUUAUUUGAGGUCUGGAUUCAUCACUGCUACUUUUUAAAAACCAAAAAUGCAUAUUGUCUUACAUUAUUUAAAAGCAUGGGCAGUAAAGAGAAUCACAAUGAGUCUUGAGAACAGGUGCAGUGGAUUUCUGUUCGUCCUGGGAACUCUCAGAGCAUUCCGCCCCACCAGCACCCAGGGUUCUGCUGCCUCCACGCAGCUGUCCUUGGUGUGUUCCAGGAGGGUGUUGUUCAAGGGCCCAGGCCAAAAUAAAUGAUAAAUAAUGUUACUUGAACCACCUUAGGUAGCUUCUUGGAGAGCCUCUGUAGUUCUUUGUGUAUGCAUUUGAACUUUUUAGACAUGCUUGGACAAUACUUUUUUUCCUUUCAAAAAAAAAUUGUGGCCAGUAAUUAGGUAUUCAAUAGGAACCUAAGAAUAACAGAUUAGUUAAGGACCUGGAUUCAACUUGAUUUCUAACCACAAGGACAUUCGGAGGGAAAAGGCUGCUUUAAAAUAACAACAGAUGAGUGCAAAUGUUAAAAAGCCUCAUUUGAAGGGAAACAGGCUUGAUGUGUUCCCCACUAUGUGCAUAUGUGUGCAGAUGUAUGUUUGUGUGUGUGCGUUUAUAUAAUCUAUCUUCGUGUUUAAAGGCUCCAAGGGCAGAGUUAGUGAAGUGAAUUUGCUGGCUACCUAGAUAUCCCUAUCGAGGACAAUAGCUAAAGGAAUGACCUGUUGUGCUCAAAAAGAAAAAAGGAGAAAGAGGUGGUUCUUUGAAACAGGCAUUUCAUUUGACUCUCUGAAAGCAGACACAAAAGUAUGUGGAGGAGCAGGCUGGAUCCCUUGCAAAGAGCUUCAAAAGUGAAUUAACUUAAGCUUUGUUUGCAGCUACCUUCACACCACUGGGCAGACUGUGUAUAUGGAAGCUUCUCAAGCUCAUAUUUUGCCUAAAGUUAUCUACAUAUUUCUUUUACUUGCCUUACUCGAGGGCAUAAUUUUGAUGCUGGUUCCAUUUGGAAUUCUUCUCCUUCAAAGACGUAAGAAGGCGACAUGAAAGGCAAAUGGACAAGAAGAAAACUAUGUUUUACUCUUCUGUAAGCUACUGACCAAAGUUUGCUAUAGAAACCAUUUAGAGGAUAAUUCUGGUUUAAAAUAAGACUAACAUUGAGGCAUAUAUUAUAGUAUUUAUGUAGUUUGCAAAAGAGGUUUACAUUUUUGCUAUUGUGAUGUAACACUUAUGUGCAAGAACUACUUGUAAUAAGAACAUUUGAGAAGCCAUGCUUUUAGAUAGACUGGCCCAAAGUCGAGAGAUUUAUGAUUUGAAGGUGUUGAUUUCACACACUGUGCAGCCAAUGAUCUCU